GACAGUUUUCUUUGGCUACACUUUUUUCUGUUUUGCUGGCAGACAACACGUAUUUGCGGUUUUUGCAGAAGACUUGGACUUUUUUUGAGAGGAAUGGUGCGUAUCUUGUUCGUUCAUCCGGAUCUGGGCAUUGGCGGUGCCGAACGACUGAUUGUGGAUGCUGCGCUAGCUUUGCAAAGCAAGGGGCACACUGUCAGCUUCCUUACUAACCAUCACGACCCAAACCACUGUUUCGAUGAGACGAAAGAUGGACGGCUGCCGGUAAUGACGGUUGGCGAUUGGCUCCCGAGGGAUAUCUUUGGCAAGUUUUAUGCCGUGUGCGCCUACAUUCGCAUGAUGUACGCGGCCUUCUACUACAGUCUGUUCAUGUCGAAAAAAGAACCGGUGGAUGUGGUUUUCUGUGAUUUGAUUUCGCUUGGCAUUCCCAUAUUUCGGCUGGCACGACCCAACCCCAAGAUACUGUUCUACUGCCAUUAUCCAGACCAGCUGCUGUCCAAGCCGGGCAGUCUUCUCAAGCAGUACUAUCGCAUGCCGCUCAAUUACCUUGAGGAAGUAACUACGGCUCAGGCAGAUGGCAUUCUGGUGAAUAGUAAGUUUACUAGUCGAGUAUUUAAGGAAACUUUCAAACGGAUUGCAACCGAUCCGGAUGUGCUGUAUCCGUCACUAAACACUCGAUUCUUCGACGAAACUUACAUCGACGAGUCAGACCAGGUGGUUAAGCUACCGAACGAUGCUUUCGUGUUUCUUUCGAUAAAUCGUUACGAGCGCAAGAAGAACCUCCCGCUCGCUUUGCACGCUUUCAAGGCGCUGCAGGAAUUGGUAUCACCAGGCGAGUGGCACAAGGUGUGCCUAAUUAUGGCCGGCGGAUACGACGAUCGGGUGAUGGAGAAUGUGGAGCACUACGACGAAUUGGAGGAGCUUGCUGAAGAUAUGCAGAUACGUGCCAAAGUACGUCUACUGAAGUCUCCCACCGACCGCCAAAAGCUGUCCCUGCUUCAGCGCGCACAGGCACUAGUUUACACGCCGGAGUUCGAGCAUUUCGGAAUCGUUCCUUUGGAGGGAAUGUACCUCUCGAAACCAGUAAUUGCAGCCAACAGUGGUGGUCCACUGGAGACCAUCAUCAACGAACAAACUGGAUUCUUGUGCGAGCCCGUCCCGAAGGAAUUUGCGACCGCGAUGGCAAAGCUGGUGAAGGAUGAUAAGCACUGCGAACGAAUGGGAGCCAUGGGACGGAAGCGGGUGCAGCAAAGGUUUUCGUUCGAGGCAUUUAGUACCAAGUUGGACAACGUUGUUACCGAUCUGAUUCAGCGAGAUGGCGAGAAAAAGUUCAAAUAGCAUAGGUGGUGCCUGUUGCUUUCCACAUUGCUGGCGAUCCAUGGUGUGCCCGGAUUUGGCUAUGACUACCCGUGGCAUCCCAUGUUUAAAUUUCACGUGGGUCGAUACAAUGGCUAAAGCGACUGCAAUGAAUUUCUAUGUAAAUUACGUAUCUCUCUUGUCGCAGGAAUAUCCAUGCGGCGCAUAUUUAUACAGUCCAUGAUAUCUUAACGCACGAAGUUAUUGUGAUUAGCCAGCGUAGUAGUGAGACGAACUAGUUCCAGUAGAUUAUCAAGUUGUAGUUGAUGUUUUAGCUUUCACAAAUAAACUUCUAACCAAAAGCUUCUACCGUCCGGCAUCAUUUCGACCGCGAUGGUGAGGAAGUUUCGUAUUUUGAAUUCAUUCAAA